AACAGCAGCUCUACACUGAGCUUGAAGAAGAGCUGAAGACGCAGCUUCAGCUUCUUCGUCUUUCUCUCUCCUGCGCCAACAAUGGCGGAGAUCACCGAAUCGCCAGAAAGCUCGCCGGACCCACCCGAGACAAAAUCCGAACAACGGGAGGAGUUCGAUCCCGAAACCAUGCGAAGAACCAAACCCGGAGUGAAGCGCCUCGUCCUCACCUUCUCCGUCCUCAUUUCUUUCGUAAUCGGUUUUCCUUUCUUGUGGAAAUCGGUCGAAAUCUACCGCGCCCCGCUUCUGUUCGACGAUAUCGAUUUACUGUCCAAGCGGAUGGAAUCGGAGCCUCUACGGUUUCCGUGUAAUUUUCGCGCGGUGUUCGUAGGGUUUGAUUUUGGAUCAGCUGAUUUCGACCGUGCCGAUGAUCUGCAAUCGUCAAUUUCCAAUCGGAUGGACAAAUUUGUGUCGGGAACUUCGCCAUGUGGAACCUGCAGUAGCAAUUAUUCUGUCUCGGUGACAAUGGAAUCAAACUCUCGUUGCAUCCAGAGCCAAAGUGGGAGACAUUCGUGUUCGUAUCAGUGUGGUGCAAUUAGUUCAAUAGAUUUUCGUGGUGAUGAUGAGAGUGUUGACGAUUCAUUGGAGCGUGUAUUGGGAGGAGAGUGUUCAGGGUUAGCUGGGAAGGUAUACACCGUAGUGAUAGUGAAUAAGGACGCGGAGGAUAAAGCCAUAAUAGGAAAGUACAGACAUGCUUGGAUUGUUGGUAGGGUGCAGGAAGAGGAAGCUGUGGAAAAAAUUGCAGAGAUUUUUGUUAAAGUGUUCUCAAACGGUGGCAAAGAGGAAGGAUUGAUUCAUGGGGAAUUUAUGCCUGUUGGAGCGGAUGGAAGGAUCGUGCUUUCUUUCAAUUUGCUCAAUUCCGAUCCACAGGAUUGGAUUUAUGAUUGGGAUUUUAAUAUGAUAGAGGAGCAUAUGUUGUCCCCAGUAGUUGAUACUUUGGGACCUGUUGCAAACAUAACUGUGGAAAGUCAGGUUCUAUAUUAUACUCCAAAAUCCAGUUAUGCUUAUUGGGAUGAAGAGUUGAAAAGCUUCAUCUUAAACACCGGUGAUCUUCCAUUCUUUGUGAAUUCAAAUGAGUGGCAUCUGGACACUUCAACUGCAGCUGGCGGACGGUCAAAGGUAUUGCAGCUUGUGCUAUACAUACCAUCUGCAAAGGAGUGCCCUCUAAACUUACAGCUUCCGAAUGGGGAGAUCUCCAAGGCCAAUGGAUACAUAUCGCCUAUGUGGGGAGGUGUAGUUGUUUGGAAUCCUAUGAAUUGUUUUCAGGAUCCAGAAAAGUACCCUGCAUGGCACAAAAUUUCUCCUCAGGAUCUUCAGAAGAUUUUUGAAGUUUUUGUGGCUCAGAUACGUCAACUUGUUGGUCUAAAAUCUGAUAACCUCUUUAUUGGAACAUCAGUCAGGUCUAUCAUGUUAGCUAGUGAGAAAGGAUUCACAGAAUGGGAACUGGAUGCUUUGACUAGGCAGCAUACCUGUUUUAAUCUAUGGUCAUGUGCUACAACCCUUAGCUCUCUCUCCAGACUGGUUCAAUCCCUUCCUCGAAUGAUCAUAAUGGAUGAGAUAGGGAAGCAGGUUAAGCUUUCUAUGGAAGCUGCAAAACAGGCUGAGAGUGAUGCCUCCCAUGGGAUUUAUGCUGCUGCUGCUGUUUCUGCGAGGCAAUCGAGAGCCCUAGCUGAGGAUGCCUUUUUUCAUCCAUCUAUCAUGUCUGUCAGCUAUUACUCGUUCGAGCACUGCUUUGCUGUCUACUCGCCUUUCUUCCUACCAGUGUCCCUGCACGUGGUCCUUGCGGCUUUGAGAGAAUGGAAGAGAUACCGACAAGAAAAGAAGAAGUACUUGACAUGGAAAGCCCGAGUGGAUGCAUCUUCUUAGUGGCAGUUUCUCAGACCAAGGAAAAUCACCUUUGAUGGAGCACCCAGUGCACAUCCUGAAGGUUUAGCAUCGGGAUUCUGGGUUGUUGUUCAAAGAAAUAGCUUCUGCGAGCCUUACGCUCGAAAUUCCUCAACAAUCGGCAGUUCAGAGGUGAGAACAUUGUGGUGAAACCAAGUUUUAUAGGACUUUUAGGAGCACGGCACAGAAGGCUUUGGUCUACGGCUUGGCCUGCGGCAACUAAUCUUACUGGUCAUUGGAGCUUACGUUUACUUCUUCACAUGAGGUGUUUUUGAAUGUUAGAUUGUAAGCUUGUUCUGUACCCUUAAUUUAACCCUUUCAAAUGCAUCUUUGAUAUGCAUGAAAUUUAGAGGAAAUCAAGCUGUCUCGUGUGACGUGAUUUAGUUGAUAGUGGUUGCAAUUGUGCUCGUU